CGAUGAGGAAGCGAUGGCGUGCCCGAAAGAAAAAGCGGGGGUUGUAGUUGUAGGGGCGGGCGGAGGAGAGAGCAGAGGGGCGCUCAGCACGGAGCGAGGUGCCGCGCGCCGUUUCCUCUUCUGCCCGCUGAAACCGGAGCAUAGCAAGCUCGCUCGCUCCCGUAUACAGCGGGGAGACGGGAGGGACUCCAGGGAAGUGGAGGAAGAAGAGUGUGGUCUACAGGGGUAAAGACCGAGGGAGCACCGCUGCACCAUGCGCCCUUCUCUCUAUUGUGCACCUCUUUUUCUUCUGCUACUAUUACAUUUGGCGUUUGCUAGGCCUCUCUUUCCUCUACCGAGUAAGACAAAGUAUGAAGAGAAGAAGCCAAUACAGACAUUUCGACCAUAUAACAUUGCUCAUCGUGGCUCAAAUGGGGAAAUUCCCGAGGAAACAGCUGCUGCAUACCUGAGAGCUAUUGAAGAAGGGGCAGAUUUUAUAGAGUCUGACAUCCUUGCUAGCAAAGAUGGAACCUUGAUUUGUUUUCAUGAUGUAACGCUUGACGAUACAACUGAUGUUGCCAGGCGUAAGGAAUUUGCCAAUCGAAGAAGAACCUAUGAAGUGGAGUGGUUUAAUGUUUCUGGAUGGUUUGUAGUGGACUUCACGCUGGAGGAACUUAAAACACUUAAAGUGAAGCAGAGAUACUCGUUCAGAGAUCAAAAAUACAAUGGUAUGUUUUCAAUCAUCACAUUUGAAGAAUUCAUUUCAAUUGCCCUAGAUGCAGACAGAACUGUCGGCAUCUAUCCAGAGAUUAAAGAUCCAGUUUUUAUCAACAAGCAUGUCAAGUGGGCUGAUGGGAAGAAGUUUGAGGACAAAUUUGUGGAUACCUUGCUUAAGUAUGGAUACAAAGGUCAAUAUAUGUCAGAGAAUUGGCUGAAGCAGCCAUUGUUUAUACAAUCCUUUGCUCCCACCUCCAUUGUACAUGUAUCAGAUUUGAUUGACUCUCCGAAGGUAUUUUUGAUUGAUGAUAUCACAGUGAGAACACAAGACACGAACCAGUCAUACUGGGAAAUCACUUCAGAUGACUACCUUGCAUACAUUGGGAAAUAUGUUGUUGGCCUUGGUCCGUGGAAAGAUACUAUUGUUCCAGCUUCAGGAAACUACUUGAUGCCACCUAGUGAUCUUGUCGCACGGGCACAUGCCCAUAAUCUCCAGGUACAUCCAUACACGUACAGGAACGAGAACCAGUUCCUGCACUUCAACUUCCAUCAAGAUCCCUACACUGAAUACGAUUUCUGGAUAAACACAGUGGGGGUUGAUGGACUGUUUACAGAUUUCACUGGAACCCUUCACCGGUACCAAGAAUUGACAUCCCCGCACCCGAAGGAUGAAACUGCAAAUAGCCUCCUAGUAAAAAUUAGUCAAAUGAUCUCAGCAUAUGAAGGUCUCAGGGAUAAAGAAGAUUUUAAGGCCACACAACCUAGAGAAGGCAGGAUGGAAACGGCGGCGGCGGCGGCGGCGGCGGCUGUAGCCCGGCUGCCGGAGUGCGGCUCCACCGGUGGACUGCUCAUCAGUGGCAGGAGGGGGGCACUAGUGCCCCGCCGCCGGCUCUCGCAGAAGAUGGCGUUCGCGGGUUGUGCCGCGAGCUUUUGCACGGCAGCCUCGUUGAAGCGACCACCGAGAAUUCAAGGCCAUGCUAACCAGGUUUGUGCAGCACGGAGGAGACGAGCGGACAUCCAGUCGGACACGUACGUGCUGAUGGAGCCCGGCAUGGACGAGGAGUUCGUGUCCAGGGAGGAGCUGGAAGAGAGGCUCAAGCGCUGGCUGGAGAACUGGCCCGGGGACGCCCUGCCUCCGGACCUCGCCAGGUUCGACACGGUCGACGCCGCCGUCUCGUACCUCGUUAGGUCCGUGUGCGUGCUCGAGAUCGACGGAGAGGUUGGAUCCGUGGAGUGGUACCAGGUUGAACUGGAAUAGUUUGGCGUACCUGGAUAUGGCUUAUCACCGAAAAUUUCACAGAACAACAAAAUCAACCUUGGAAUGGAGGCUUAUUUGAAAUGACUUAUUUGCUGAUUUUGUAUUGAUUUUA